ACGUGCGGCCUCGCGGCAGCGGUAACGCUCGCCACGACGGGAAUUCGGAGUCGUAGAGCCUCAUACGCGGGUCAUAAACGAUCCGCGGCCAUAGUAGAGGUGCACGCGCGAGAAUCGAUCCGAAUCGCCGGCGAUAAACGCAUCCCGCGAGGCGACCGCGAGCGCGCCGCCACGCGCUGAGCGAUGAGUUCCAAGUUCAUCAUCGAUAGCAUGCUCCCCAAGUACCAUCAGCAGUUCCAUCAUCAGAACUUGUUCGCGGGCGCAGGAGCGUCGCCGAUAGAGGCGUCGCUGUCAUCUUCGCUGUCGUCGUCGCUGUCGACGUCGCUGUCAUCGUCGCUGUCAGGUGGACUGAGUGCAGCGGCUCUAGGAGCGAGUUCCCCGGGCGCGGGCAGCCCGCAGCGCUCGUCUUCAUCAUCAUCAGCGUCGCCGGGAGCGCCUGCCAGGAUGUACCCGUACGUGUCGCAUCACCAGCAGUUUGGAGGGUCGGUGCCGUUUGGAGCCGGAGGAGGGUUGUCAGCAGCGGAUGAUAAGAGCUGCCGGUACCCGACGGCGGUGAGUGGAGACCCGAUGGUGAACUACGCGCUGGGGCAGCACAACGGCGGCGCGGCGGUGUCGGCGGCGUCGGCCAGCAUGGCGGCGGCGGCGCAGUUCUACCACCAGGCGGCGGCGUCGGCCGCGUCCGCCGCCUCGGCCGCCUCCGUGGACGCCAUGGGCGCCGCCUGCUCGCAGCCCGGCUCGGCCCAGCCCCUGCCCGACAUACCCCGCUAUCCUUGGAUGUCCAUCACUGAUUUUCCAUUUCCAGAUUGGAUGAGCCCCUUCGACCGUGUCGUGUGCGGUGAGUUUAAUGGACCAAACGGUUGUCCACGACGGCGAGGCCGGCAGACCUACACGCGCUUCCAGACGCUGGAGCUGGAGAAGGAGUUCCACUUCAACCACUACCUGACGCGCCGGCGCAGGAUAGAGAUCGCGCACGCGCUCUGCCUCACAGAACGACAGAUCAAGAUCUGGUUCCAGAACCGGCGCAUGAAGCUAAAGAAGGAGCUGCGAGCCGUGAAGGAGAUCAACGAGCAGGCGCGGCGCGAGCGCGAGGAGCAGGACCGCAUGAAGCAGCAGCAGCAGGAGAAGCAGGCCAAGCUGGAAGGGCAGCACCACGGUGGCCACCACGUCACGCACCACCACGACCCCAUGAAGAUGCCCAUCGACAAGGGCUCCGGCGACCUACUCAAAGUCAACAAGGUGCCCACGUAAGGUGCCCGUGACUAGGCAAUUCCACGACUGACUGUAUCAUAUUAGUGUGAAUACUUCCACGGGCAGAGGUCGCCAGGACCUGCGUUUAGUCGUUUUGUAUCCAGUAGUUUUAUUUGCGGUGGAUUCUUUUUGAUGAUAUCAGUGACGCUGCGGAGCCAGUGCCAGACUUUGGUUGAUCAUGUUCCUUUAGUGUGAGAUGGACUAGCUUUAACGAGGCCGUCGUGUCGCCGAGGUGAACAGGCUGGUGAUGUGCUUUAAGCAUUUAUUUUGUUGCCAUAACCACACCUUGUAUUGCAAUAAUAUUUACUAAAUUACAAAAGCGUUAGAUUCGCUCUAAGUUUACAUUGAGUCCGAGUUUUCGGUAUUGUUAGUUAAGAUUUUAAAUCUGUGAAUCUCAUAGUAUUUAUUACUACCGCUUAAUCUUAUCCAUAUUUUUUUAUUAUAAAUAUUAUAUUCUCUGUACAUUUUGAUGUAUAUUUUAUGAUUAUUUUGUCCACCAUUGGUGGGUUAGUUAUGUUUAACAAUCACAUUUUUAUUGUAAAAUUUGUUGUAUUAUCAGUUGGUAGCUGCUAACCUCUUAUUUUUGGUCGAUUGUGAUUCUUAUUCACUUCCUUAGUUAGUUUCAUGAUUGUUGUUUAAGUUGAACGUUUAUUUAAAAUAGUUCUAGGUAGUUCAGCAACAUCAUCUCUCAUUAAUAAUUCCAUAAGUAAAUCUAUGAUUAUAACAAAAAUACGUAUCGAAGUACAAUUGCAGAUAAGUCUUCGUUUUAUGUUUAAUAUUUUCUUAUCUUCAUGACGUUUAAUGGAUAUUGAAAUUAGGUGUAUUUUUUGAUAAUUCUAGUAAUUGAAAAGAAAGCCGUGUCCAGAUUUUCAAAAUACAAGAAAUUGAACAAAGAAUUGAACAAAUCCCGCAUUCGGGCGGGCACACAACCUGAAGUCAUCAGAUGUUCAAAAUUAUAUACGUAACGAUGAUACAUAUAAUAGAUUACAAUAAUGUAACUAAAUAUUAUACACGUAAUUUUAAAAGUUGAGUAGUUUAAGUGUAUUAUAAAUAAAAUAGGCGCGAGUUUGUAUGAAAUAUUGCUUAGAUCUUAAAAUAAGUAAAUCAUGUAUGCUAGUUUAACACUCUCAACCGCUAUGUCUAAAAUCUUUUCUGUAGUAGCAUUAGUAGGUAAUAUGUUUCAAAGCAAAAUUUUCAAUAGCACACUGUUCAUUUGACCUACAGUUUUUUUAUCCGACUUGUGCCAAAUAGGAUUUAAAUUAAUUAUAAUUUAGGCAUCGCCCGGAACCUUCUCAAUUCUUUGCAAAUCCCGUUUAAAAAUGUAAGCAGAUGCGUCCAUAACUUAUAAAAUAUCUCUAUGAUAAUUCAUUUCCUCGAUACGUAAAAUUCCGAUCAAAUAAAAUUAGAUUAAAUAAUUAGUGUUUAUAGUCUUACACAAUUAUACGUAAAUUAAUUUCAGGGUAGAUUAAUAAUAAAAAUAUCUGUAAUUAUGGAAUUAUAGACAUUGCUUGUCAUAUUUUUAGAAACACAGACACUCCCAAUAAAUCCCGUUAAAUGUUUACAUCCCAUCAUUAAAUUAUUUUCAAAAUUUGAAUAGAAUUUUGUAGUUUGUAAAAUAUAAGGUACCUUUACAGUCAGUAUCUUUAUAAGUGUUGUGAAUGUUAAAAAAGUAUCAUUUAGAACAAACCAUUAUUUCUCAAGAAAGUUAAUUCUAUCCAAUAACGGAUUCUAAAUACAAAAUAUUACCACGGUAACAUUCAUCAUUUUCGUAUUUAUUUGACUAAAGCAUAAGAAAUGCCUACAAAUUAAGGUUGUCGUUAGAAGUAGUUCUUGAAAGUCAUCCUAAAAUUUAUUUUACCCUAAAUUGAGAUGGUAAAUCGAACAAAAUGUACUUAAGUCGUCGGUUUAAGUAGGCUUUAUAAAUUACAAUGCUUAAGUAAUAAAAUUAUUGUAGGGACGGAUAAAUUCAAUGAUUUGUUUGCGUCGACCGUGUCAAAUCAAAAAAACUAUUCAUAAGAAAAUUAUUCAAAAUUCUUACAUACAUUUUAGGAUAGAAUACACGAACAUUGGCAACCAAAACGGAAUUUUUGCUAAAACGAUUGGGAAUGAAUCCAAUUAAAACGGAUUCAAUCAUGAAAUGAACUUCAUUUUCUACGUAUUGCAAUAAAAUGCUAUUAAUCGUAAGUGCAAUGUAUUUGUCUAACGGCUCGUAUUAUCAGAAGCAAAAAAAACAUUGUUUAUUAAGAUAAUUUAUUUAAAUCAAAACCAUGGGUUUGUACACGAAAUUAUGUAGGUAUACGAGAUAAAAAAAUGGUUGUUGAUGUUCUAACAUUUUUGGUUUCCGUUUUCCAGUUGUCGUUUAUUGGGAUUGUGCAACCUCACACACGCAGUAGUUACAUUAUAUUUGAGUUUUAAACUUAAUUACUAGUUUGUGUUGAAAUAUACAUAGUUAUAAUUACUUGUAAGUGUCCUCAAGCGGUAAUUCCAAUAUGAAAGCCAUGGAUUUUAUGGUCAUUUCAUUGUUUCGUGUACCAGAGUAACUGUAGGUACUUCUGUAAAUCAUUUUGAAACAAUAAGCUAUUAACUGAGCACAUUAUAUACUACGUCCUCCAUCCCAUAUUGCUGUCUUGCCAUAACUGCAUGCUAGGUGUUUUUGAACUGUAUUAUUUUAACUAGUUGUAAUAAUAAUUGAAUAUAGACUUGAUAAUUAAAUUCUUCGUCCUUUACCCCUUUCAAUUGUCUUUAUAAUUUAUGAAAAUAAACGUGUAACUUUUUACGGGGUAAAUCCAGAUAUCAAUAUGCAAAAUUUCAGCAACUUGCGUAAUACGGUACACUUUUAGAGGUUUACUUUUACAGACACAAAAAAGGAAAUCUUAAGUAAAGCAACAAUUUUGAUGCAUUUUAGUUGGAUCGUUAUAAUUAUUAUUUUACAAUAUACCUAUUUUGUAACAAAGUUUAACAUCCUUUCAAUAACUAAUAUUUGUGUUCAUAAGUUGUCUGAUUAUCUUAUUGUAUUUAUAUUAAGUUUCUUUUAUUGUUAUGUUAAAACUUUCCGUUGUCUAAAAUAAGAACUAUCUCCUUAUUUACCAAAAUGUAAAAUCUUUAGCUGUCAAACGAAACAGCGGCAGCGUUAAAAGGUUAUUUUAACAGGAUUUUUUUGUUAUUUUUAAAUUAGCGUUUAUCACUACGGUAGCUGCGUACCUAUAUUAUUGAAAUAUAUAUCUAUAUAUUUUUAAAUUGUGGUAAAAUUAAUGAUUCUUACGUAAGAACUUUGUAAAUAAAAGUCGUGUAUGUUUUAUGUGGCGCAUAGUUUUUUGUUUAUUUUCUGUUUUAUUAUGUUUUAAGUAUGUAUGUUAUGUACGAGAACAUGUAAAGCUCUUUUACAUGGCUAUUUGAUUGAAUUUUGUGACUGUGUCGAUGUCUAAGCAAAAUAGUUGGGUAAUUGUAUAAUAUGUACCCGCAUUCAAUAUUGUAAUAUUAAUUUCCAAAAUUCAGGAGAAUAAAGAGUUAAUUAAAAAGUACUUUUUUUU